GUUUUGGUCUGGUUAUUUAUUCUUUUCUAUUUGAAGUAUGUGAAUCUGAUUUCCUCACUCUUGUUACGGUGAUGUUUGUGGACUUGAAUAUUAUUUAUUUCUUUGAACCUCAUAUGAUUAUUUGUUUGUGGUUCUGUUGGCAUUUUCCUUUUGCCCGCAAGCUGUUUGAUGUGUGGUUUGCAUGAAGGAAAAAAGAUUUUGUUUGCGAAAAGUGAUACUGGUAUCUCGUUUUUAUUUGUCAUUGUUAGAUAAAAUACUUGAUGUUGUACUUGAGUUGAGACUCUCCGAUCUAAUGAACUAGAAUGAAGGAAUGAGUUCUCCUCAGUCUUCACGUGGUUAAGUCCUAACAGAGUCCCACUUCAUUCCCUGAAACCUCCACCUUAGAUGUGACCCUCAUGUCUCUUCUCUUAAGUGAACUCAACUACUUUAGGAAACAAGCAAAUCAUAGUCCCCAAUGUUGUUUAGAUCCCCAUUUUCUUUAGUCUGGUUUCUUGUUGUAACUUCUUCAAUCAACUUAGAUAAUAUCAUCUUGUUAAUAGAUGCAGAGUUCCUUAUAUCAAAUUGAAGGUCUUCAUUCUCAUAAAAAAACUCCCUUCAACUUCAUGAUCUCUGCACUUCUUUAGAUGAAUGAGUAUAUUUAAUUGAAUUGAGUACUACUUGUAUUAAAUUGUCAAUUUAUUGUCUUUAUAGAUGGAUGAUCUAGGAGAAGAGAAAAUCCUUGCAUUGUUUAGAAGCACACAAAGACUUGAAUGGGUAUUGCUAACACUUUGGGACCAUAUAAUUAAUAACAAUUUUGUUCUAUAAAUAAAAUGAAAGAAACAUAAAGUGCUUAACAUCAGCCUAAAAAAAUAAAAUUCCAGAAAUAGAUUUGAAGUUCACUCUUUAGACAGAAACCAAAGCAAUAGUAUUUAGUUAAAAGAAAAUUUUAUAUACUCUGAUAAACAUCUGAUCUACUUUUUAGUUGGACAAAUUAUAAAAACCACUAAUGCUUUGUUUGGAUUGGAAAAUGAAUUUGACGGAGUUGGAAACGAUUAAUUUGAGAAAAAAAGAGGUGGAAGUGAGGAUGUUUGGAUCAAGAGAAAAAUAGUAAGAACAGUAAGAAAACGAAAGAAAAGUUUGUGAAUGUUUGUGAGUGAUUUGAUUUAUAUGAAUGAUAAAAAAUGUUUUAAUGGAGGAAAUUGGGAUAUAACCAAAUUGCCCAUUUGGUGGAAAUUAUUAUUGUUAUUAGUUAAAUUAUAAUUAUUAUUAUUUUAACUAUUACCAUUAUUACUGUAUUGGGAUUUAUGGGUGUGGCAACAGAUUUUGAGUUCAUCAACCUAAUUUAAGAGAUAAAAGAUGGAGAGGUUCAUGUUCGUCCCAUAAAAAAGCUAUAGGCCUAAUAACUGAUUUUUCACUAAAAUAGACAAGUUCGGCCCAAUCUUAUGCCCUUGGCAUGAGUUCAAUAUUCUUAUGGUCUUAUUUUGUAAACAUUUAACACAGAAUUAGUCCAUAGAUAUUUAAAGAGUUAAAUAGCUAAAAUAUCAGAACUUUUAGAAAUAACUUUUUCAAUUAAGAACAUGAUGGAAGCAUGUAGAGUGCCAAACUGCUUAUCAUCUUGGUAUUGGAUUUAAGUUCUGGUGGCUUUGUACAAUUUAAAAAAAAAAGGCCCAACAGGCCAAACUGGAUUUUUUUAACAUCCUUGGAAACUUAACCUGCUGCACCUUUUCUUAUAUCUCUGAGCACCUUUAUAUGAAUAUGUGAAAUGAAAAAAAAAAGUGGCAACUCAAAAAUGGCGACGAUGAAGGAGGGAGGGAGCGAGAAAGCCUCUACCCAAUCUCUUCAACCAUCGUGAAUGAGCAGAUCAGGCUUCUGACACAAGGAAUCAGAUAGGAUACUCGGAUUGCUAGUAUAUAAUUUGUACUGUUGACUUGAUUUCUUGGAUUGAGUUCUCUUGUUGGAUCUGACCAUAGUUGUACAGGGAAACAUUUUUCAAUUCUCAAACAAACUAAAUGACUUCGAUAACUUCCCAGUUCUCUUGGGUGCUUUCCAGUUCAUCGUCAGUAUUGGUAGCUAAUGAUAAAAGUAAUAAUGUGAGACAUGCUAAUUUUUCUCAAAUCCCUUCCUGGUUCUCUUUGAAAAGCAGUCCUCCUUCAUUGAGGACCAAUCCAAAUAAACAAGGCGAAGUUGAAAACUUGCAUUUGAUUUCUUUGACCAAACAAGGGAAGCUUAGAGAAGUGCAUGAAUUCAUUGAAAGGAUGGACAAAGAGGGUAUUUCCAUUAAUACCCAAUCUUAUGAAUAUCUCUUUAAAAUGUGUGGAACGCUGAGAGCAUUGUCUGAUGGAAGAUUAUUUCAUAAUAGACUGCAGGGAUUCUCCAACAGCAAUAGAUUCAUUGACAAUUGCAUCCUCCAAAUGUAUUGUGACUGCAAAAGUUUCACAGCUGCAGAGAGAUUCUUUGAUAAAAUGGUUGAUCGGGAUUUGUUCUCUUGGGCCACCAUUGUAUCCGCUUACACAAAGGAAGGGCAUACAGAUGAAGCUGUUAGAUUGCUCUUGCAUAUGCUGGAUUUAGGGAUUAAUCCGAACUCCUCUAUCUUCAGUACACUUAUUAUGUCCUUUGCAGAUCCUUCAAUGUUAGACCUUGGCAAACAGAUACAUUCUCAGCUGAUAAGGAAUGGGUUUGCUGCUGAUAUUUCUGUGGAGACAUUAAUCUCCAAAAUGUACAUCAAGUGUGGGUGGUUGGAUGGUGCUGAAGUUUCCAUUAAUAAGAUGACUAGGAAAAAUGUUGUUGCAUGCACCAGGUUGAUGGUGGGUUAUACUCAAGCUGCAAGGCACAGUGAUGCUAUGUUGUUAUUUUCCAAGAUGAUAAGUGAAGGUGUAGAGUUGGAUGAAUUUGUCUUUUCUAUAGUGCUCAAGGCUUGUGCUGCUUUAGGAGACUUAUACACUGGAAGGCAAAUUCAUAGUGUUUGUAUAAAACUUGGCUUGGAAUCUGAGGUCUCGGUUGGUACUCCACUUGUGGACUUUUAUAAUAAGUGUGCAAGAUUUGAUGCUGCACAUCGAGCUUUUGAGACCAUAUGUGAACCUAAUGAUUUCGCAUGGAGUGCUUUAAUUGCUGGAUACUGCCAAAGUGGUAGAUUUGACACUGCUCUAGAGGUAUUUAAGACAAUAAGAAGUGAAGGAGUGUUAUUGAAUUCAUUCAUCUAUACCAACAUUUUUCUAGCGUGCUCUGCUGUCUCAGAUUUGAUGUGCUGUGCUCAAAUCCAUGCAGAUGCAAUAAAAAAGGGGCUAGUUUCGUUCUUGUCUGGGGAGAGUGCUAUGAUCACUAUGUACUCAAAAUGUGGCAAAGUAGAUUACGCAAAACAAGCAUUUUUGACAAUAGACAAACCUGAUACUAUUGCGUGGACUGCAAUAAUAUCUGCUCACGCUUACCAUGGCAAAGCUUCUGAAGCAUUGAGUCUUUUUAAACAGAUGCAGAGGUCUGGUAUAAGGCCAAAUGCCGUCACAUUCAUAGGUUUGUUAAAUGCUUGUAGCCAUUCGGGUUUAGUUAAGGAGGGGAAGCAGUUUUUGGAUUCAAUGAGCGACAAAUAUGGUGUGAACCCAACAAUUGAUCACUACAAUUGCAUGAUUGAUAUAUACUCUCGUGCUGGAAUGCUACAGGAGGCUCAUGAGAUGAUAAGGAGUCUGCCGCUUGAACCUGAUGUAAUGAGUUGGAAAAGUUUAUUGGGAGGAUGUUGGAGCCAUAGGAAUCUUGAGAUUGGUAUGAUUGCAGCUGACAACAUCUUUCGCCUGGACCCGCUAGAUUCUGCUACUUAUGUGAUCAUGUUCAACUUGUGUGCUUUGGAUGGGAAGUGGGAUGAGGCGGCCCAAUUUAGGAAGAUGAUGGCUGAAAGGAACUUGAGGAAGGAAGUCAGUUGCAGCUGGAUUAAUGUGAAGGGUAAAGUCCACCGUUUUGUGGUAGGUGAUAGACACCAUCCUCAAACAGAACAAAUAUACUCAAAAUUGAAAGAACUUAAUUUUUCUCUCAAAAGGGAUGGGGAGUGCCUUCUCAACGAAGAGGAUGCUCUAUCUGACUUUACUGAACGCAAAGAGCAGCUUCUUGUUCAUAGCGAGAGACUGGCUAUAGCCUAUGGUCUCAUGUGCACCUCAGCUGAGACCCCCAUUAUGGUAUUCAAAAAUACACGGUCAUGCAAAGACUGCCAUGAUUUUGCAAAACGAGUCUCAAUAGUAACUGGUCGUGAAUUAAUUGUGAGAGAUGCCACUAGGUUUCAUCAUAUCAAUUCAGGGGAUUGUUCUUGCUGUGAUUAUUGGUGAUUUCAGCUUAGUUUGUUUAAUGUUCUUAGCGGGAUGAUUUUUCUUAAUGCUGCAUCAAUUACAGUAUGGAAUCAUAUAUCAUUUUAUAUUGACAAUUGGAUAUGCAGAGCUUGUGUGAGGUUACUGCAGAUAAGGCAUCAUAAACCACUGCAUUGUACAAAACUCCUUUUUGCACUGUAGAUAUGCAGAACUUUGUCACCCUUCAUGUUAA